GACAUAAAAUUGUCACUUUUGGACCCCAAAUUUAUAGAAUUACCCGUUGCCAGUUUAAAAGCCCUAAUGAAGAGUUACAGGUACAUUAUUCGUUUGUGUUUUCAUAACAAUCCCUCUUCCAAAUGGUUUAUGGAGUUUUUAUCACCCAAUCUCACUUUUGUAACUUAUUGACUGAUCAAUUAAGGAGAUAUUCUCUGAUUUAGCCAGGCUAACACUUAGCCCAGAAGUGAUAUACCUGUACAGUAUGAGGCGGUCCAAAGUUCAUCCAUGGUCAUUGAUAACUGGUACGGGUCUGUGUUGUGCAGCCAGAUUCAGUGCCUAUGAGGUUCUGUAACUCUAAACACACCAUUCCCCAAACUGAGUGUGCACUGCAUUGAACUGGUUUUGGCUGGUUUGUAAAAUUCCCAAUAUGGGCAAUAUUGUACAAGUAGCAGGUUUUGAAUUGCAAGACGAGGUACCGUGCAGGUGCAUGCAGAUGAUGCAGUGCAGUUUGAUGUGACAAGGUUGUUACCUUGUAGGCAGGACUGACAGUCAGAGGUAGUCUCCAAUCAGCACUCUAGCAGGAUGUGGCGAUCUUUGGUCAGGGCAUCCACUUUCUUCAGGCCGCGGCAGCAGGCAGCCGUGGCAGCAGCCAGGCCACUGGUGACCAGCUGCGCUUGCUGCAGCCAGAAAGCCGAGAGCGGCGUCCCGUAUGAGACAUUGGAGAGUACCGACAAAAGCCGACCGGACUCGGUGCCAGCCCAGGCUGACGUGGUGGUCAUUGGGGGUGGGUCCAUCGGCUGCAGCACCCUCUACCAUCUGGCCCACCUGGGGGUGACCAACGCAGUCUUGGUGGAACGGGACCAGUUGACUUCGGGCACCACAUGGCAUACCGGAGGCUUGGUCUGGAAUCUGAGGCCCUCGGACGUGGAGGUGCAGCUACUGAUGUACAUGGCUCAUCUCGUCCGCACAGUGCUGGAAGCGGAGACUGGUGUGGUGCCAGGCUGGGUGGAGAAUGGUGGCCUCUUUAUCGCCAACAACAAGGAACGUCUAGAUGAGUACAAGCGACUAGCCACUCUGGGCAAGGUGUAUGGUAUCGAGUCCUUUGUCCUGUCACCUGACGAAACCAAAAAGCUCUUCCCGCUGAUGAACACAUCCGACAUCUACGGCACUCUGUACUCGCCCUCUGAUGGUAGCAUUGACCCUGCCGGUUUCUGCUCUGCACUGACUCGGGGUGCCACUAAACUUGGGGCCAAAGUGUUGACCAACUGUCCAGUCACAGGGAUACAGGUAGGCGAGGAUGAGUACGGGGUGAAGCGGGUCAAGGGCGUUGAGACUGUGUCGGGGACCAUCAAAACAUCCAAUGUGGUCAACGCUUGUGGAGUCUGGUCACCGUACAUUGGUCAGAUGGCUGGGGUAUCUGUCCCCCUUACUGCCAUGCAUCAUCACUAUGUGGUGUCGGAGAGAAUCGAGGGAAUCCAUGGCAUGCCCAAUGUGCGUGAUCAUGAUGCCUCUGUCUACCUUAAAGUUCAGGGGGAUGGGCUUGCCUUCGGGGGCUAUGAACCAAACCCGAUCUUCUGGAAGCAGGUUAAGAACGACUUUGCUUUUUCCUUGUUUGAGUUGGACUGGGACGUCUUUGGUUUCAACAUUGACGGUUGUGUGAAUCGCAUACCUGCGCUGGAAACCACAGGCAUCAAAUCGACGGUCUGUGGACCGGAGUCCUUCACUCCAGACCACAAGCCUCUGAUGGGAGAAUCUCCCGAGGUCAGGGGGUUCUACCUGAACUGUGCAAUGAACAGCUCCGGCCUGAUGCUGGGAGGUGGCACAGGCAAGCAAAUGGCCCACUGGAUUGUGGACGGCAGGCCAGAGCUGGACAUGUAUGGCUAUGACAUCAGACGAUUUGACCCCAAGGUGAGCCGCAACUUGGCCUGGGUGGAUGAGCGUAGCCAGGAAGCCUACGCCAAGAACUACUCCACUGUGUUCCCCCAUGAUGAACCUCUGGCUGGUAGAUUGAUGAGGAAAGAUGCUUUGCACAAGGUCCUUGAAGAUGCGGGAUGUGUUUACCAAGAGAGGCUUGGGUGGGAGAGGCCAGGCUGGUUUGCUACAGAUGGACCUGCUCCGGUUUUGAAGUAUGACUAUUAUGGCUACUAUGACCACCCUAAGCACGAGAACUACCGCUACAAGCAGUUGCUUGGCGACGAUUACACCUUUGACUUCCCCAAGCACCACAACAUUAUUGAGAAGGAGUGUAUGACGUGCAGGGAAAGCGUUGCCAUCUUCAACAUGUCCUACUUUGGCAAGAUGUACGUGACGGGGCCGGAUGCGCAGAAAGCAAUGGACUGGAUUUUCACCAACAAUAUGUCCAAGCCAGCUGGGUCUGUUGUCUACACCUGUGCCCUAAAUAAGGCUGGGGGCGUUGAAUGCGACCUGACUGUGUCCAUGAUUGAGAGUGGCACGGGCUCUGCUCUCGACCCAGCCUUUGAUGGGCGGGGCUUCUAUGUAGCAGCAGGAGGGGGCGUGGCCCAGCAUGUCAAGACACACAUGAAAACCAUCAUGGAGGACGAGCAGUUUGACUGCAGCAUUCUGGACCACUCUGAAGACAUGGGUGUUUUGAGCAUACAGGGUCCCAAAAGUCGAGAGCUUCUGCAGUCACUCACCUCGGCGGAUCUCAGCGACAAGGCCUUCCCCUUCUAUACCCACCAAGUGAUUGACAUAGCUGGGCACAAAGCUCGGGCCCUCCGGCUGUCCUUCGUGGGGGAGCUGGGAUGGGAGAUGCAUUUCAGUAAUGAGGCGGCAGUCGCCAUCCACCAGGCCAUUAUGGAGGCGGGGGCCAAGUUCGGUAUUGUGAAUGGAGGGUACCGGGCGCUGGACUCGCUGAGUUUAGAGAAAGGCUAUCACCUGUGGCGUAGUGACCUGCGGGCAGAGGACACCCCUCAUGAGAGUGGACUAGGCUUUUUGUGCAAGUUGAAGACAGACACUCAAUUCCUUGGUAGAGGGGCAGUGGAAAAGCAAAAAGCUGAGGGGAUCCGCAAGAAGAGGGCCUGCUUCACAAUAGAGGACCAUGUGCCCCUCCUCGGCUUUGAAUGCAUCCGACGCAACGGCCAAGUCGUGGGUCACAUUCGGCGGGGGGAGUAUGGCUACUACAUCAACCAGAACCUGGGCUACGGCUAUGUGAGCAAUCCCAACGGCGAUGCCGUCACCAAUGAAUUCCUUCAGGAAGGUGACUACACAAUUGAGAGAAUGGGUGAGAUCUAUCCUGCCCAGAUCCACCUGAAAAGCCCCUUUGACCCCCAGAACAAGCGACUGAAGGGCAUUUACGAGGGCAAUUAGGUUUGAACGACCAAGUAAGAUGGCAUGCCACGCAGUGACUUUGUCUACCCUCAAUUUCUUUAAAAGCACAGUUAUGUGUAGGAGACAGUUGAGAUGUGAGAUUUAGGUGGCGCUUUGGGGAAGAAAGCAUACUUGUUUCCUUUUAAUUGCUUUGUCUACAUGCUUCUAUUGGUAUGACUACGUUUCCUUAUUUCAUUUACCUACUAUUAACAAAUUACUUGGGUAAGUCUUUUUUUGAGCGGUGGUGUGAUGAAAGUAGAACAAGUCUUGAUAUGAAUGACAGAAUAAAAAACAAAACAGGACAGCCUGUUGGUAUUAUCAGCAGGGGGCAUACAUCUUAAAGUGUCGCUGCUAUGAAUUUUUCUUACACGGCAUUUGUCUUCACUUUGUAUACUUCUUCAGUGAAAAAUGCACAUUUUCAAUCAAUUAAAAUAUCCAUGCUUUCGUGGAAAAAUGAGGCCGCUGUUGCUGCAAAGUCAUCUAGGGAAGACAUAGUUCAGUACAUACCGGUAGGCUUUUCUGUUCAAAUUGUGAACCCCAGAUUUACUAACUGAAAACAUUUCUAAGAAUGGGAUUGCGUCCAGUAACAUCUACAAAACGCAGGACAAACCAGUGUAACAUUGAGGCUUUUUCCUGGGAGGGUCUCAUUAAUAUGGUUUGUAUUAAAACAAAUUGAUUGCAGCUACCCUUCAAAACUAGAUUGCAUUCUUGGGUUUCAAACUCAUGACUUGACCAUAUGCUGCCGGGGAACCCUGUUUGUGGUUUGUAUGCAUAGCCGGGGUGCCAGAAAUUGGACAAAAGAG